AUGACAUUUUCUCCUUUGCUUAACUUGGGGCACAUUGUGUUACCUUAUCUUUGUCUAGCUCUUCGUGUACCUAUCAUUUCAUGUAGAGAAACAAAGCAACUAAAACUUAGCACACAACAAGAUGGGUAUCGCAUUCGUGUCAAGUUUUUGUACGACAAGGACAAUCAAACCGUGGUUGGAGAGGAUCAUGGGAGCCACACAUUACUUAGAGUUGAUGAGUUUGAGUUGCAGCAUCCGGGUGAAUACUUGAUAUCUGUCGAGGGUGGUUAUGAUGAUGUCGUAGAUGGAAAUAAAUCCAAAUUUAUACGCAUGCUUAGGUUCAAGACAAAUAUACGAACCUCUCAACUCUUUGGACUCGAGACAAAGCCAAGCUUCAAACUCGAGAAGGAACGUCACAAGUUUAUCGAGUUCCAUGGAACAAUAGAUCGAUGGCCGCCAAGGCAAAAGUAUCCUUGUCAUGUGAUGAAAACCAAUGAUUGGAUGAACAACUAUAUUGGUCUUCCGCCAAAGAAUGAUCACAAAGCUCAUAAGUCUUUCGUCUCCGACGCUACGCAUCAUGCAUCUAAAGCGAUGGCCAAGUUUGAGUUGCAGCAUCCGGGUGAAUACUUGAUAUCUGUCGAGGGUGGUUAUGAUGAUGUCGUAGAUGGAAAUAAAUCCAAAUUUAUACGCAUGCUUAGGUUCAAGACAAAUAUACGAACCUCUCAACUCUUUGGACUCGAGACAAAGCCAAGCUUCAAACUCGAGAAGGAACGUCACAAGUUUAUCGAGUUCCAUGGAACAAUAGGUAAUAUGCUUAAAAAAAUUGGAGUCCAUGUCCAUUACAUAAUGCUUAUCUCCAUAUAA